AUGCCGUCUCGACUCCCCUGCAGCCGGCUGAAGCUCGACGAGCUCUUUGUGCACUGGCUCCUCCUCCCCGACAGCCAGAAAUUCGCGUUCAAGCUCAUCGACGAUGCGAAGGAGGGCAAGCCGCUGCACUCGGUGGCGCUCGCCACGCCGGGCGCGAACGGCGUCGCGCUCAGCCCGACGAGCUCGGCGACCAUGUACCCACCGCUGAGCCCUGGGAAGAGCGCGAGCCCCGGCCCCUUCGUCCCGAGCCCCCUGCGCAAGCUCUCGCAGUCGAGGAGCUCGGGGAGCAAGCGGGAGUCGGACAAGGAGCAGGAAAUCCCGCAGUUUUACUUCCCGCGCGGCAAGCCUCCCCCUGAGGACCAGCUCCAGGUGGUCCUGGCGAAGAAGAAGGAGCUGUUCGCGGCCGCGAAGGGCCCGGGGCUGAACCUGGAGGGCUUCGUCACCAUGGUUCAGGACGUGCUCGAGAUGCCCACGUCCGUGGCGUACGUGCUGUUCGACCGCCUCGCGCCGAUGGAGAAGGACACGGUGUCGGAGGCGGAGUUCGACGCGUGGUGCGCGGGGUGCGACGCGCUGACCGUGUCGCGCGUGCACCGCCUGUGGACCAUCCUGCGGGGCCCGGAGAACGACUACCUGCAGUACGACGACUUCGUGCCGGUCGUGCGCGCCGUCAUCAACACGCACCCGGGCCUCGAGUUCCUCAAGGACACCCCCGAGUUCCAGGACCGCUACCAGGAGACUGUCAUCUACCGUAUCCUCUACACCGUCAACCGGUCCGACACCGGCCGCAUCACCCUCAAGGAGCUGCACCGGAGCGACCUGCUGGAGGCGCUCACGCGCGUGGACGAGGAGGAGGACAUCAACAAGGUGUUGCGGUACUUUUCGUACGAGCACUUUUACGUCAUCUACUGCAAGUUCUGGGAGCUCGACAGCGACCACGACUUCAUGAUCGACAAGGACGCGCUCCUGCGGUACGGCAACCACUCGCUGACGUACCGCAUCGUGGACCGCAUCUUCGACCAGGUCCCGCGCAAGUUCCGCUGCCAGACGCCCGGGCGCAUGGGCUACGAGGACUUCGUGUGGUUCAUCCUGUCCGAGGAGGACAAGACGACGGACAUGGCGCUGGCGUACUGGUUCCGCUGCGUGGACCUGCACGGCGACAACCUGAUCACGCAGGACGAGGCGGCGUUCUUCUACGAGGAGCAGGUCCACCGCAUGGAGAACCUCAUGCACGAGCCCGUGCUGUUCGAGGACAUCGUGUGCCAGCUCACCGACAUGGUCAAGCCCGAGCGCGACGGGCUGUUCACGCUGCGGGACCUCAAGCGGUCGCGGCAGCACGCGGGCGUGCUCUUCAACUGCCUGUUCAACAUCAACAAGUUCAUCGCGUUCGAGAACCGGGACCCCUUCCUCGCGCGGCAGCAGGAGCAGGAGGCGCCGCAGCUGUCGCAGUGGGACCGGUUCGCGGCCGCGGAGUACUUGCAGCUGGCGAUGGACGAGGAGGGCGAGGAUGCGGAGGAUGCGGGGCUCUCGGAGACGCUCGAGGUCGCCGCGGGGCUGUAG